AUGGAACACAUGUCCAAUGAGCAGGACUCGAACCCAUCGGAGGGCGAAGAGAAAGGGUGGCUCAAUGGCCCGAAAAGGAAGAGGAAGAACAGCCAAUGUUCGGUGAAGAGUAUGACUGGGUACAUCCCCAGUUACCUCGAAAAGGAUGAGCCAUGUGUGGUGUGCGGGGACAAGGCCACAGGUUACCACUACCGCUGCAUUACAUGCGAGGGCUGCAAGGGUUUCUUCCGAAGGACCAUUCAAAAGAACCUCCACCCCAGCUACUCCUGCAAGUACGACUGCUGCUGCAUCAUCGACAAGAUCACCCGCAACCAGUGUCAGCUCUGCCGCUUCAAGAAAUGCAUCGCAGUGGGCAUGGCCAUGGACUUGGUCCUGGACGACUCCAAGCGGGUAGCGAAGCGGCGUCUGAUCGAGGAGAACAGGGAGCGACGCAAAAAGGAGGAAAUGGUGAAGACCCUCCAGAACCGUCCAGAGCCCACCGGGGCCGAGUGGGAGCUGAUCCGCAUGGUGACCGAGGCCCACCGCCACACCAACGCUCAGGGCGCCCAGUGGAAACAGAAGCGCAAAUUCCUGCCAGACAAAAUCGGCCAGUCCCCGGUCACGCCCACGUCGGACGGAGACAAGGUGGACCUGGAGGCCUUCAGCGAGUUCACCAAGAUCAUCACGCCCGCCAUCACCCGCGUCGUCGACUUUGCCAAAAAACUGCCCAUGUUCUCUGAGCUGCCUUGUGAAGACCAGAUCAUCCUGUUGAAGGGCUGCUGCAUGGAGAUCAUGUCGCUGCGCGCCGCCAUGCGCUACGACCCCGAGAGCGAGACGCUGACGCUGAGCGGCGAGAUGGCCGUGAAGCGCGAGCAGCUGAAGAACGGCGGCCUGGGCGUGGUGUCGGACGCCAUCUUCGACCUGGGGAAGAGCCUGGCCCAGUUCAACCUGGACGACACGGAGGUGGCGCUGCUGCAGGCCGUGCUGCUCAUGAGCUCAGACCGCUCUGGCCUGACCUGCGUGGACAAGAUCGAGAAGUGCCAGGAGACCUACCUGCUGGCGUUCGAGCACUACAUCAACUACCGCAAGCACAACAUUCCCCACUUCUGGCCCAAGCUGCUGAUGAAGGUCACCGACCUGCGGAUGAUCGGGGCGUGUCACGCCAGCCGCUUCCUUCACAUGAAGGUGGAGUGUCCCAACGAGCUCUUCCCUCCGCUCUUCCUGGAGGUCUUCGAGGACCAGGAGGUGUGA